CGCGGUACCGGCCUGCCUCCGCCGCGCGCGGGCCGCCGUCCGCCCGGCACGGUAAAUACCUAAGACUGGUCUUUUCUAGAUCAUAUGAUGGACAGUGUCUCGCCCUCAGGGAGCAGGUGGGCUGGCAGGACAGGCGUCCCAGACCAGGAGAAGGAGAUGCCCUCAGGUAGGUGGCCCCACGACAAAAGCCUGUCCUCUGUGAGUCGCCAAUUCUGGUUAUUACGAUGCUCUGAGCUACGGCUGGUCUGAACCACUGCAGCCUAUGGAUCUGCUCUGACCGUACAGCCCACCUAUGGGAGAAGGUGACCCCUUCUGGGCCCCAUCUAUCUUUCCUCACAGCACCCUCAGCGCCUCAAGCCAUCACUUCCAGCUGCAUUUUGGGAGAACGAUGGAGUCCAAGGUCUCAGAAGGCGGCCUGAACGUGACCCUGACCAUCCGCCUGCUGAUGCAUGGCAAGGAAGUCGGAAGCAUCAUUGGGAAGAAAGGAGAGACUGUGAAGAAGAUGCGUGAAGAGAGUGGCGCAAGGAUCAACAUCUCAGAGGGAAACUGUCCAGAGAGAAUUGUAACCAUCACAGGCCCAACAGAUGCCAUCUUCAAGGCCUUUGCCAUGAUCGCAUACAAGUUUGAGGAGGACAUUGUCAACUCCAUGAGCAACAGCCCUGCCACCAGUAAGCCCCCAGUGACGCUGCGGCUGGUGGUGCCUGCAAGCCAGUGUGGGUCCCUGAUCGGCAAAGGCGGCUCCAAAAUCAAGGAGAUCAGGGAGUCCACAGGUGCCCAGGUCCAGGUGGCUGGGGACAUGCUGCCCAACUCCACAGAGAGGGCAGUGACCAUCUCAGGGACCCCGGAUGCCAUCAUCCAGUGUGUCAAGCAGAUCUGUGUGGUCAUGCUGGAGUCCCCACCGAAAGGUGCCACCAUUCCCUACCGCCCAAAGCCCGCCUCCACCCCUGUCAUUUUUGCAGGUGGUCAGGUAAGAGCCGACCCGCUCGCGGCCUCCACUGCCAACCUCAGCCUUUUACUGCAGCACCCGCCGCUGCCCGCCUACACGAUCCAGGGACAGUACGCCAUCCCCCACCCGGAUCAGUUGACCAAGCUCCACCAGCUGGCCAUGCAGCAAACCCCCUUUCCUCCCCUCGGACAGGCCAACCCCGCUUUCCCCGGAGAAAAGCUGCCUUUACACUCCUCCGAAGAAGCUCAAAAUCUGAUGGGCCAGUCAUCAGGUCUGGACGCCAGCCCCCCGGCCAGCACUCAUGAGCUCACCAUUCCCAAUGAUCUAAUAGGCUGCAUAAUUGGACGCCAAGGGACCAAAAUCAAUGAAAUUCGACAGAUGUCUGGAGCACAGAUCAAAAUUGCUAAUGCCACCGAGGGGUCAUCAGAGCGUCAGAUCACCAUCACAGGGACCCCAGCCAACAUCAGCCUUGCCCAGUAUCUCAUCAAUGCCAGGCUGACAUCUGAGGUCACCGGGAUGGGUGCGCUCUAAUCCUGUCUACCGUCCUCUGCUCUGUGACAGACACGUCACCACCCACUUGAGCCUGCAGCCCCGGCUCACACUCUGUACAGACCACCUGCCCUUCCUCGCAGAUAUAAAUAGAGAGGUUUUUCUUUCUUAAAAGAAAGGAUACAUGCCGUAGAUAUACACACACAGCAAAACAGCCUAUCUCCAUGCACCCAGGCUCUGCCCGACGCUCCUCUUUAAAUGCUGGCUCAUGCUCAGCCCCUCACCACUGGCAUGCCGUGUUCAUCAUCUUACAUGCUCAGGUGUUCCGUCUGUGACGUGUUAGCUGUAUCGUUACUUAGUGUCGUGCACCUGUCUGUUUUGGUGUCCCUGACAGCACACCCCACACAGUGUCCCUCCCAGCCAUAGAGGCCCAGCUGCCUUGAGACCAUCCUCACACUUGGCCUGUCUGAUGACUCCAUUCACCCCAGAGCCUGUGGUGUCUGGGCUCACAUUUCCACCUCAGAUCUUGUGCUGGAAUCAGGGUGCCUGUCCUGCACACCAAGGGCAGCAUGGGAGGGGGGCGUCGGAGGGUGCUGGCCCUGGCUUCUCCGAGUCAUCACCUGGUGGGAGGUACCGUGGGCCUGGGUGCCUCCCUGUGCCCCUCAGAGAUCAAUAAACGU